AUGGCAACUACGUUGACCUCUAGAGAUGAACCCAAAGCCGCAGAGUACGCUGGAGACGAAGUCGCUGCCUUGGUGCUCGACCCGGGCUAUUCCAGCGUCCGCGCCGGCUUUGCGGGCGAAGACACCCCAAAGUCGAUUGUUCCUACAUUCUACGCCUCAACCGGUUCAGAACGUUUCUUCGGAGACCAUGCGAUCGAUGUGCCUCGUGAAGAUGUCGAGAUAAAGAAUCCCAUGGGAAGAGAUGGCAUCGUGGAGGACUGGGAUGCGGCCGAAGCGCUGUGGAAGUUUUCUUUUGCGCACAAACUCACGGGCGUGCGACCCAAUCGGGCGCUCCAAGAGUGGCUCAAUGAUCCCAAGUCGGUACCAGACCUCCAGAAGGCAAUGGCAGAUGCGGUAGACACGGAGCGGUGCCUGGAAGAUCAUCCUCUCUUCAUGACUGAACCCUCGUGGAAUCCCACAAAAGCCCGCGAGAAGUGCGUGGAGAUUGCGCUGGAGUCCUGGGCCGCGCCUGCGUUCUAUCUGGGAAGGGCUGGCGUUAUGGGCGCCUUCGCUGCAGGUAGGCCUACCGCGCUGGUGUUGGAUUUUGGGGCGUCUCAGGUUUCAGUGACACCGGUGCACGAUGGCAUGAUUUUGAAGAAGGGUAUCAUGCGGUCCAACAUCGGAGGAAACUUCCUGUCGUCGCAGGUGCGCAACAUGCUCGCCGCAAACGAGCCAGACCCGAUAACCAUCACACCCCAUUAUCUUGUUCAAUCGAAACAGCCUGUGGAUGCUGGACAGCCUGCCAAUGCGGUGUUGAAGCAAUUCCCAGAAGGGUUUCAACCGCCGCGACCAUCGUUCCGCCGUUACCAGGAAGAGAAAGUCAUUCUUGAAUUCAAGGAGAUCGCACUACAGGCAUGGACGAAUCCAACCACGCCAUUUCGGGGGCAGGGUGAAAUGAUAGCGCGGGAGCAACAAUACGCGCAUCCGUUCGAAUUUCCAGACGGGUAUAACCAAACGUUCUCGUCGGAACGGUUCAGAUUGGUGGAGUCUAUCUUCGACCCACAGUGCUGCUAUGCACCUCCGUCCGAGUCUGAGGAAGCUCAACUGUACCCAGUACCCGACGCUCAGGGUACGGUGACAGGGUUGAUCAAGGCCAGCCUUAACCAAGUGGACGUGGACAUCCGACCGUUCUUGCUUGGCAACGUGGUCAUCACGGGGGCAGCGUCGCUCAUCCGGGGGUUGCCAGACCGGAUUCAACAGGAGUUAAGCAAGCAAUAUCCCAGCACACGGGUACGAAUACAAGCAUCCGGAAUGUCAGUGGAGCGGAAGUUUGGCAGCUGGAUUGGAGGCAGCAUCGUGGCCAGUCUAGGCACAUUCCAUCAGAUGUGGAUAUCCAAGAAGGAGUAUGAAGAACAUGGAGCCAGCAUUGUGGAAAAGCGCUGCAAGUGA